GGUGGAGGCUGGAAUCGGGAAAUAAACAGUGAAACCCGAUCAGAAGGAAAGGAACUGGAGAUCACCCAGGUUGAUUGUCCAGCUAUGGAGCUUUUGGUGGACAUCAAGAACCUUGGAUGGUGUAGAUCACCUGUGGCUUUCUUUUCCUGAAAGAAAAACCUUAUUCCAUGGGGAAAUAGGACAAGCCAGGUUCUGCAUACCAGCUCAUUCUCUGGCCUUUUGGACCUGCCUGAAGCCAGUGCGACAGCAUCCUAGCUUGUAAAAAUCUCCCCAGUCUAAACAGUCUGAGGGACAGGCCUUCCUAGACUAUUCUAGAGACUCCAUGGCUUCAUGGCUUCCUCCAGGAACUCAGAGGAAGAGCCCCUUCGCAGCCCUUUCCCUCUGACUCCCCCACCAGCUCUGGGGGAUGAGUACUAUCCUUUUGGGAGUGAGGGCCAGCCACCCUUUGUGGGGGAUGCUGCUGCGACUGGAGCUGUGGGGGAAGGGGAUCCCGAAGAUGCAGAUCUGGGGGUGCUGCUUCAGAGGAAAGAACAGGACUUGUUGUUGGCAGCGGAAUUGGGAAAGAUGCUUCUGGAACGUAACGAGGAACUGGAACGACGCUAUGAUGAACUGAUGAAGGAACAUUUGGAAGUCAAAGAGCAUCUUGAACAAGAGAAACAUGAACUCCGGAGGCACCUUGAAUCAGGCCGGGCGGAAUUUGAAACCCGGAUGGCAGAGCUGGAGGCUGACUUGGUGGCCACCCGAGCCCAGCUGGGGCAGAAACGUCUAGAACAGCAGGACACCAGUCGAGAGAGCUCACAGGCGGUCUUGGACCUUUCAGAACAGAACCAACGUCUGGUGGAGCAGCUCAGUCAGGUCACUCAUUUGGAGCAACAGCUCCAGGAAGAUCUGAUUGUAUUACGUGGAGAACAUCGGACUCUGACCCUUUGCAAUGCUGAGCACGCUGCCCGGAUGCAAAGUUUGCAGGCUGAGAAUUGUCUGCUUCAAGAGCGGAAGCAAGAUAUGGAGAAACAGACCCGUCAGCUUCGGGAGGAGAACGAAGCCAUCCAGGCCCUGGUGGACACGUUACACGAGAACCUCCUCCUCCUCCGCAAAGAGAGCUGUGAAAAGCAGCUGCGGUUUAAACAGGUAGAAGCGGAAGCUGAGGAACUCCGCACUGCCAAUAGGCGCCUCCAGCAUCAGGUCAAGGAUUUGAAGGAAGAGAUCCGUCUGCACGAGUUAGAUACCUCUGUUACCUCCAUCCAAUCUGAGAUUGAAAGCAGUUUAGGCGAUGCCCCAGGAGCCCCUGGACAGACACCAAAGUCAAUCACCCAUGGCGCCAAUAAGACUGGUUCUGCUCCAACAAAGGCCUCUCUGAGAUCGGAGGAGAACAUCUCUGAAUACACCAAAAAGGUUUCGGCCUUGAGCUAUCAGCAGCAAGACAUCCUGGCCCAGAAAGAAAUGGAGAUUGCAAAACUCCAGGAUCAGGUGACUUUGCAACAUGUGGAGCUCAGCGGUUUGAAGUCUGAGAUAGAGAACCAGAGGCGGUUGUACCAAGAGAGCAAUCGGGACAAGGCCUUGAAGUUAGCUGUAGCAGACCGGGAUGAGGCUAUAAUCAAGAAAAGCGAAAUAGAAUUGGAAUUGGCAAAAAUCUCCCUGGAGCGAGAUUCGCUGAGCCAACAGUUGUUGCGUGUCAUUCGACAGAAGAUGGCACUUUCCCAGGAAUUGGAAGCUUGGCAAGAUGAUAUUCAGUAUAUAAUUCACCAGCAACUUCUCCAGAAACAGCGGGAAGAACGACACUGCCUCACCCCACCACCAAAGCCACCAACACAAGGCAAGGGUCCUGAAUUAUUUCGGGCUGGUGCCAGCAUGCCCAGUGGCACAGGCUUCUUCUCAUUCUUCCGGAAAAGCUGAAUUGUUGAAGGUUUCCAACAUCAGUGGGCCAAUCUCUGCUCCAAGUUCUAAGAUCACCCUCUUCUGGUGAAUUGGAGACAUGACUCAGUUAAGUGGAUAAUUCCAGAGUGGCAGUUCAAGACAGCUACAGGUCCCAGCGCCUGGCUUUUGAUGGAAUGGAACUAGAAACAUGGCUUCUGAUCCUUCACUUUUUCACAGAAUCAAGAUUGGUAGGAAGGGGCACCUUAAUCUCACAUCCCUCCCUUGCAAGAAGAAAUAAGAUUACAGGUAGUCCUCGAUUUAUAACCAUUCAUUUAGUGACAUUUCAAAGUUGGAAUAGCACUGAAAAAAGUGGCUUAUGACCAUUGUUCACAUUAUGACCAUUGCAGCUUCCGCUUGGUCAUGAGAUCAUAUUUAUGAAGGUUGCUGUGUCUCAGGGUCAUGUGAUCACCUUUUGUGACCUUCUGAUAAGCAAAGUCAAUGGGAAGGCCAGAUUCACUUAACAACCAUGUUACUAACUUAACAACUACUGCAAUGAUUCAUUUAAUAACUGGCAAGAUACGUUGUAAAAUGGGGCACAAGUCACUGAACAACUGAUUUGCUAAGGAGUGGAAAUUUUGGGCUCAGUUGUGGUCCUAAGUCGAGAAAGACUUUUAAUGUUCACUUCUUUCAAGCGGGAGACACCUGCUGGAAAAACAGGAACAUCCCUGGAGGGGGAAAUGAAAAAAAAUCAAGAUGGCAGCUUCACUCCUGCAACUGCCAUCUUGAAUUUUUGACCCACAUCCCACGGAUACCCUCUAGCAAACUGUUCAUUGCAGCAGACCCUAUUUAACUUUUCAGGUAAAAAAAAUAAAAGGUAAUUUUCCCUUGGGUUGAACUCAGCUGCUAGUAGCUAUGUAGACACAUCUAUUUUCUGGGAAGAAUUUGUUAAACCUCAAGGUUCUCUUCUUGCCUUAAAGAGUGAAUACCAAAGAAUGUAUCCAAGGUUUUGAUAUUUUAAUGGGAGAGAUAAUGGAAAAUAAAAGAGAAUCUGGGCCAGGUUCUUAAAAUCUAGGUAGCCAGAGGACAAGAAGUUGUGAAUGCAACAACACUUUUUAAGAAGAUAUUGGACAGCCAUUUGUCUGAAACGGUCUAGGGUUUCCUGCCUGAGCAGGGGGUUGGACUAGAAGACCUCUAAGGUACAUUCCAACUUUGUCAAUUCCACCUGAAAUAGCGCACAGCAGCAUGGGCAUAUGAGCCUCCUUCAAAAUGCACCAGUAUUAUACUCUUCAAUGAAUUAGAGCAGAGGUCUUCAAACUUGACAACUUUAAGACUUAUGGACUUCAGCUCACAGAAUUCCCCAGAAACAUGGCUGGCUGAGGAAUUCUAAGAAUUGAAAUCCACAAGUCUUAAAAUUGCCCAGUUUGGAGACCCAUGCAUUAGGAUGUCCUCUUCAAUAAGAUCAACCUCUGGCAACCUCCCUCUGUCUGGGUUGGAACUGUAAAUCCUAGAAUUCCUAGCCAAGAUUGCCGUAUUCCUGGGAAUUCUGGAUGCUGUGGCCCAGUAUUUCUCAGCUUCGACAGCUUUUAAGAUGUGUGGACUUCAACUCCCAGAAUUCCUUAGCCAGUCAUGCUGGCUGAUGAAUUCUGGGAGUUGUAGUUCCACAAUCUUAAAGUUGAGAAACACUGCUGUAGCCCCUACUUACCCGGAGAACAUCAAAUCGGGGAAGGCUGAUUGAGGUUUUGUCUAUAACUUGCUUUUUUAUAAACUAUAUAUGUGUUUCCCCAAAAAUAAGACCCUGUCUUAUAUUUUUUUGAACCCUGAAAUAAGCGCUUGGCCUUAUUGCCAUACAUUCAAAAGUCCGAUUGGGCUUAUUAUCAGGGGAUGUCUUAUUUUGGGGAAAACGGUACAUUUGUGGCUUCUAAAAAAUCUGCAUACUGUAUAUUUCUGCAAAUGAGCUUCAGUCAUGUUGCAGGAACACCAGCAAGGGGCAGUAAUGCUCUUUCCUCUUCCUCCUCCCCUUUCUCUUCCUGCUGCAUGCAAACAAGAAACAACACAAAGAUAUUAUUUUGCACAUAUCCAGACAGAGAUUUAUUUAUCUGUGAAGAAGUUCUAUAUUGCUAUAGAGUAUUUUUGUUGUAAAUUUGUUAAUACAGAUUUAAUAAAGAUUAUUAAAGUAUGGAAAUUUCCCUUCCUGCUUCUCU